AUGGAUAAUCAAUAAAAUAUGCCAUUAGACAAAGAAUUAUUUAAACCUAUUGAAUUUACAAACGAAGAAGGGCAAGAAGUUUAAGAAGAAGAAGAGGAAAAUGAUAGUGAGGAUGAAGGAAUAGAAGAUUAUAAUACUGGAGGUUAUCAUCCAGUCCAUAUUGGAGAAGUAAUUAAUAAAAGAUACGUUAUUAUAUAAAAGCUAGGUUGGGGUCAUUUUUCGACAGUAUGGUUAUCGAAAGAUUUUAAAUAUAAUACGUAUGUAGCAUUAAAAAUAUAAAAGAGUGCUCCACAUUAUUUAGAAGCAGCAUACGAUGAAGUUGAAAUAUUAUAAAAGGUAGCAAAAUAAGCAAGUAAUCCUGAAUGGAUAAAAUGUUUAAAGGAAUAUUAUAAAGAUGAUAAAAAAAAGAAAAAUUUCACAAGGGAUGAUUGCUAAAUUGUUUAAUUAUUAAAUUCUUUUAUUUAUUAAGGACCUUAUGGAAAUCAUUUCUGUAUGGUUUUUGAAAUUAUGAGUGUCAAUUUAUUAGAAAUUAUCAAAAGAUAUAAUUACAAAGGUAUUCCGAUGCAUUUGGCUAGGAUAAUUGCCAAAUAAAUUCUUAUAGGAUUAGAUUUUUUGCAUAGAUUCUGUUAAGUUAUUCAUACUGAUUUGAAACCUGAGAAUGUUUUAGUUUGUUUGACAUAAGAAGAAAUAAAAUAAAUUGUUGAAAAAGGAUAACUAAAUAUUAAUUAAAAAAUAAAGGAAAGAAUUAAAAAAUAUUAAAUAUAGCAUAAUAUAUAUAUUGAAGAAUAAAAUAAUGAUGAAAGGGAAGAAGAAGAAAUAAAGUAAGAUGAAUAAAGCCAAAAUGACGAAGAUGAAAAAAGUAAUGCUUAAAAUUAAGAAGAAGAAAAAAAGAAAAAUGAUUAAUAAAACUUGACUAAAUAGCAAAAAAAAUAUUAAAGAAAAAAAGCAGCUUUGAAAAGAAAAAAACAAAAAUUAAAAGAAGAAUAAUAAAAAGCGAACGGAAUUUAACCCAAUGAAAACAUAAAGGUAAAAAUUGCUGAUUUAGGAAACGCUUGUUGGACUUAUCAUCAUUUUGCGACAAAAAUAUAAACAAGAUAAUAUAGAAGUCCAGAAUCAAUUAUUGGAAUGCAUUAUGAUACUUCAGCUGAUAUUUGGUCUUUUGCUUGUAUGAUGUUUGAAAUGAUUACUGGAGAUUUCUUGUUUUAACCAAGAAGGAAUACAGAUUAUAGUAAAAAUGAAGAUCAUUUAGCAUAAAUUGAAGAGUUAUUAAAAAAAUUCCCUUUAAAAUUUUCAUUAGCAAUAUAAAAAGCUAAAAAAAUUUUUGACUAAAAUGGAAAUUUGAGAAAAAUACCUGUUUUGCAUUAUUGGCCUUUAAAAAAUGUUUUAAUAGAAAAAUAUCAAAUAAAGUAAGAUGAAGUUUAUUUGUUAACUUAAUUCUUAGUGAGUAUGUUAAAAGCUGAACCAUUAAAAAGAGCUUCUGCACGUUAAGUAUUAUUACAUUGUGAUUGGUUAAAAGCAAAUACUAAUUAUCUGUUUAAAUAUACUGAAUCAGAGUUUUAAAGAUAUAUGGCUAAAAAAUAAUUACUAAGCUAUGACGAAGUAUAAUUAAGUUCUAACGAAGCUGAAGAUUCUGAAAUAUAUGAUGCCGAUUCCUCAAAAAAUACUAGUGUAUUAUAGGAAGAUGAUGAUGAUUAAUUUUAUGGAUAAUCUGAAUAUAAGUUUGAUUAUAAAUUAAUAGAUAGAUCUUUUACAAACUUAGGAUAUAUUGGAUAUGGUGAUGGUAUUGUUUUGGAAGAUCUUGAUUAAAAUGCAAAUUGGUAAUUUGAAAAUUUUAAAAAAUAGAAAUGA